GUUGUGUGCAGCAAAGCAGUUGAACAGGUUCUUGUUCCAAGGAAUAGAAAGAACAAGAAGGUAGUUUGAUCACAUCACAAUAGUUUGAUCACAGAACACUAGUACAUUUAUCAGACUGCAGUGCCUCAACAGGACCGAUUCAACCAGGAAUGAAGGUGGCUCAACUAGACUGUCUGUGUGUGACUCUUCUACAUCUCCUACACACAGCAGGCUCUGAGAGGUUUGAGGUUCUUGGUCCAACUGAUCCCAUUGUUGCUGUAGCUGGUGAUGACAUCAUUCUGCCCUGUUACCUCAAACCCAACAUCAGUGCUGAGGACAUGACAGUGGACUGGCUGAACCUGGACUUCACAGACGGUCGUGUCUAUCGCUACCAAAACCACAGAAUUAUACGAGAUGAUCAGAUUCCCUACUAUGGAGGAAGAACUUCACUGUUUGAAGAGGAACUGUGGAGGGGAAACACCUCUUUGAAACUGACCAGCGUACAAGGCACUGAUGAGGGACGUUACAAAUGCUUUAUUAAAGCAAAGAGCUGGUAUGAUGACUUCACUAUUCAAGUCCUCGUUAAAGCUGUAGGAUCCAAGCCAGUGGUGUCCAUUGAGGGACACAUAGAUGGAGGGAUGGGUCUGCUGUGUGAAUCAGAAGGCUGGCACCCUGAGCCUGAGCUGGUGUGGCUGGACAGUAAAGGAGUCAAUCUCUCUGCUGGUUCUCCUGAGAUUAACAGAGAUUUAAAGGGAUUCUACAGAGUCAAACAACAUGUCAUUGUCCAGGAGACUGACACCAACCACUUUACCUGCAGAGUCCAACAGAGCCGGAUCAAUGAGAAGAUGGAGACAGAGAUUCACCUCCCUAGUGAGUUAUUUGAUACAACCCCAUGGAGAAUAUCCUCUAUUGUGUUAUGCUGUCUGGGAGCCGUCACUGUGAUUGGGUUAGCUCUGGCUGUCUACUGCAUACAUAAUAAGAAAGGUGUGAUAAUAGAUCAACUCAAACUGCAGCGGGAUGACCUCAAUAAGGAGAAGAAUGACUUCAUGAAGGACAAGGAUGACCUCACUGGGAAGCUAGAGGAACUCAGGAAGGAGAGGAAUAAGAUCAGGGAGGAGAAGGCUAACCUCUCGGCCCAGAAUAAUUACCUCAAGGAUGAGAAGGAUCGCCUCAGUAAGGAGAAAGAGGACCUCAAGAAGGAGAUGGAUGUCAUCACUGGGAAGCUAGAGGACCUCAGGAAGGAGAGGAUUAACCUCUGGGCCCAGAAUAAUAAGAUCAGGGAGGAGAAGGCUAACCUCUCGGCCCAGAAUAAUUACCUCACUGAGAAGUCAGAUGAUCUCACUGAGCAGCGAGGUAAGUAGUGUCUUCAGAUCAUCACGUUGCUACAACUGUCAACCAUUUAAAUUGUAUAUUUUAUUUUUGGAGCACAUUAAAGAUGUUCCUUCUGAUGUUGGGAUGAUUUUAUAGAACAGAUGUGUAGAGACUGUAGAGGACCACUAGACUAGAGGUAGUCUCUGAUACACCUGGAUCACUGAUGGACCAGUCACAUUUAAUGAAAUUAAGAAGUGGUUGUAGAAUAUCUUCAUUGGAGAAGUUGUCUCACAGAGGUACGCUGGACUCAUUUAGGUGGUGGAACUCAAUUAGGAUUUGUGACGUUAGAGAAGUGAUAUGAGACAAGAAGUCCCAGAGAGAGACUACAUCUACUAGUGUUCAUGUUAAUGAUGUUCUCUCUGUCUUCCAUCUACUCUACAUGUGUACAGAUGACCUCAAGAAGGA